CGGCCUUACAGCCUUAGGCCAGAGUAGGGCUGCACAGCCACCCGGCCCCACUGGCGCCACAUCACGAACUAUGCCACUAGUCCUAUCAUAGUAUGAUCGUGGCUCGCUACCUGUGGCUGGAAUGCUGUGGCUUGACCCAUCCCCGUCAAUAGCAGCCUUUGAGAUAGCCUCAGAUCCUCGCAUGAGCAAUAGUUUGCGCGCCAGCUCCACCUGCCAUGCGGAUCCUCGUGAGCUUGCUCGCACCGUUCUUGGGCCUUGCAUUUCCGAGAGGUAAAGCCCGAAUUUUGUCGGACUGCCCUCUAUGGAAGGGCAGGAGUAGUAUAAGGAGGGCCUGCCCUCGUGAUUCAGCACCUGAAUUCACAUUCUUUCCAAUUCCCAAGUGUCCAUCCCUAACCAUCCUCGUCCGCCUAUCUCUCCUAUCAGCACAUGUCCCUUCCCAAUGGCCGUGAACAUGAACGUGAACAUGAACAUGCCUCCGUCCGGCAAAGAGUCGUGGCCAACCUCUCCUCCCUACAUCAAAUUCCACGAUCCCUUUUCCGCCGCGUCGCUCGCCUACGCAAGUAAGAACCCCAUCUCCCAUCUCCUCUCCAAAGCCUCGUUCGAAGUGCCAACUCCUCCGCAGAACCUCUUUGUCUGAACAUGGACACUGAAACCAGUCCCGGUAGACCUGAGCGCCCGGCCCUAGCGGUUCCCAUGACACCCUCAUCUCCGGGCUGGCCCAACCACGAACCUUAUCCUUUUCAGGCCCAGGGGCUUCCGCGCACAGGCGCGGAAGAUAUUCCCGAGCCGGCGACCGACUUCUCCCCCGACCUCCUUGAUUCCUGGUACCCGCGGUAUCUGGCCUGCGCGCAGUUCUUUGUCGCGCACGCGCAACACACGCCAGUGGUGCAAUCGCUGGCGGCAUUCCUCAACAUCCGACUUCCAUGCCAACAGGUGGAGUCGACAGCGGCGCAUGUGUCGCUACGUACAUAUAUCCGCCGAUUGGUCGUGACGGGACAUGACAGUCCCAGGGUAUUGGGGGCGUUCUUCGGGGAGGAUUGGGCCGGGGGUGUUGGGAGCAU